AUGAGCAAAUCCCCAGAUACAAUCUCAAACAAAUCAUCGUGCCUUCGCAGAUGCGAUUGCUCAGACAGGGGAAAUACGACCAACCAAUUGGCUAACUGCCGCAACAGGCAUUCCAUUUAUGAAGAUACGCUGGUGGAAGGCAUGCAGCAUCUCUCUUUUGAUCAGAUUCAGCAUGAGCAGGAAUUACUUCACGGAGUUGCGGAUGAAGUUAAGCUGAAUGAAAAUACAAUCAACGACUUGCUCCUUAGGCUGGAGAUGCAUCUUAAUCGGAUGAAGAAAGGAACCGCCUUCGAAUCAGCGCAAAGGCAAGACCCAUCUUAUGUUUCGAAUCGAGAACUACAGCUAGCUUUCUUGCGAGCGAAGAGGUUUGAGCCUAAAGGUGCAGCUGAGAAACUGAUUAACCACUUCAAGUACAAACGCGACCUCUUUGGCGAAGGCAGCUUGGUUCGGGACAUCACCGCACAAGAUUUGGGCCAAGAUGACUUAACCUGCUUAUUGGAAGGCUUUUUCCAAUACUCCCCGUUUCGUGAUCGAUCAGGACGAACGAUCCUGUUGGAGUUCCCCGGCAUACGAUCCAAGAGAACAAUCCGUACAUUGUUGCGAGCCAGAUUUUACGCUGCAGCCAACAAUGUUGAAACAAUGGUGGAUCUUAGCAAAGGAACUGUCAUCGUGAGCUACUUUGUGGAAAAGUAUCAAGAUCAUUUGAAUGGGUCGGGGUUCGUAGAAACAGCAAAGUUUUACCAUGAAGCUGUUCCCUUGAAAACAGAUGGGUUUCAUUUAUGUUGCAGCAGUUCAUUUGAAUGCAUGGUGACCAGGGCAUGCAUCGCACUAAUCCCGCAUCGUGACCGCGUCAAGUCACGGGUGCACUUUGGAUCUCAUACAGAAUGUCAAUAUUUGCUCGCAAGCUAUGGCAUAUUCAGAGCCGCGCUUCCUUUGAAAGGACCGGAUAAUGAGAUGGAUUUGAACCAUCACAAUGCUUGGUUUCAGAGACGGAAGCUUCGCGAGAUAGAGAAACCGCAACAUAUGUCAGUGCACAUUCCUUCUUCUGAUGUAUUUACAACGCACCAACGGAGCACACCAUGCCAUAGAAACUCAUCAAGCUCGGACAGUGGCAAUGCAAACGAUGUCUUGUGCUUGGGUAAAAGGAUCAAAGGUGUGGGUAACGAACGACUGCAUUCCUUGGCGCUCAGUUAUGCCACAGCUUACAGAAAUGGAAGCUUUUCCAAUCGACGAACCAUUGUUUCUGGAAUUAUUGAUGAAGUCCAUAGGCACGGCGGUAGAUUUCUGAAGCCAGACCCUCAAGUUGCAGGUUCAAUGCCAUCUGAGGAUGAAGGGAAGAUCGUAUGGGUAGAACUAACUCGAGAUGAACAACGUGCCAAGGUUACACAGCUCUUCCGCAAUCUGCGUCAUCAUCGGUCUCGACAGGGCUCCAUUGUUUCAAACAAUGCUACAGCAGCAGCGCCUCCGUCUUUGCUGCCAUCAGGGGCACCCGUAUCUACAGCAUCAUCAUUAUCAACAAGUCCUCCGGUAAUUGUGGAAAAGAUCGGCCCACACGAUGUCUUGUUUGGGUACCAGCUCGAUAACCCAGGCAACCAACGACUGCGAGAGCUCGUUUUCGGACUAGCAGACGAGUACAACCGCACCGAUCGCGGGGAGAAGAAGAAAAAAGUGUUGCAAUUGCUGGGAACCAUACGAAAUAGAGGUGGUCGUUUUCUGAAGCCUUGCAAAGAUGGUACGGGAUGGGAAGUGGUAUCCGAUGAAGUUGCGCGUAAGAAGGUUUCCAUGCAAUUUCGCAAUCUCCGAAGAUCACGUUGA